AUGAUUUGUACAAAGAAAAACCUUGUGUUCCAUGACUAAUUUUAAGUUCAAUUACUAUCAGAUUGUAUUAAAUUAUAGAAUGUAAAAGUAAAAUUCAAUUUUUUUAGACUAAGAAAAUGGUAUAAUACACCUUGCGAUUGCACGAGAAUUCUUUAAUUGAUUGGAAGAUAUCUAAAAAUUAAAAGAAAAUUAAUGGUUUCAGUAUAUUGAUUAAUGACAAAUGGGAAUACUUCGAGAUGGAAUAAACUCAUUUAGAAUUAUUCAAAUAGUUUCUAAAUGCAAAAAUCUCAUAUUAGAAUAUUCAUAAUUUAUAUAAAAUGAUCUCCUUUUGUGGAAGAGGUACAUAUGGUUAUGUAAGUAUCGUUUUUAUUCUUAUAGGUCUUUAAAUAUUAGAAUCGUAUAAAUGGUGAAUUUGUAGCAUGUAAAUCACUUAAGAUUGGAUCUACUAACACACAUUAAGUAAGUAGUUUGAUUAAUAUAAUAAGGUAUUUAUGAAGGAAGUUAAAACAUUAUAGACAUUAAAACAUCCUAGCAUAGUGAAAAUGAAAGAAUUUUAUGUGGAAACUUAACAUUUUUAUAUAGUAAUGGAAUUCAUGGAAGGGAAAUCACUUAGAGAAUUAUUAAGAGAGAAAACAUUCAAUGACAAAGAAAUCAUUAUAAUUUUAAAAGUAAUUAUUAAUUUUAUUUUAGUAAAUAUUAAAUUGUAUAAAUUAUAUUCACAAAGAAGGGUAUGUAUACAGAGAUCUUAAAUAAGAAAAUGUUUUAUUUGCUGAAUAUGGAAAUUUGAACACAUUGAAAUUAAUAGAUUUUGGUUUGGCUACAUAAUUGAAUGAACUUAGAAAUUAAGUACAUAGAAUAUGUGGAACUCCUGGAUAUUUGGCUCCAGAAGUUUUAAAUUUUGAAAGACCUUUGGAUUAUAAGAUUGAUAUGUUCAGUUUGGGAGUGAUACUUUGGGAAAUGUAAGAUUUGAAUUUAAUUAAACAUAGGAUUCAUAAUUAAAGAUUUUUUGAGGGGAGUGAUUUAGAUGCAUAAGAGAUAUUGAAUAGUAAAUAUAAAUUUUCAAUUGAUUUUACAAAAAAUAUAGAGAAUAAAGUAUUGAAAUAUUUGGUAGAGAAAAUGAUACAUCAUAAUCCUGAAUACAGAAUAACAGCAACAGAUGCUUUAAAUUAUUUGGAUUAAAAUUAUAUGAAUAGUUGUGAAAACUUAAAGGAAAAUGACAAUAAUAUUAGUACAGAUUGA